AUGAUUUCUAACCCACUUUAUGGAUGGUCACUACAACUGCCUCCUUCCUAUCCUAUGUUAUCCAUCCUUCACGAAGUGACAUAUUGUAAAUUUCAAGAACUGGAAGCUGAAGAAUAUCGGCAAUUGGCUUUACAAUGGCUGGGUGCACGUUAUUACAGCCCAGGGAUUUGUAAAGGUUCAAGUCUUUCAGAACAGAAAGGAUAUCGGCUGCAGUCAGUUCGAUUUCUCUCAUUCUACCCUCGCUUGCGCUACGGGGCUGCGAGC